AUGAGCGUAAGCGGCACCUGAAUGAAGUGAGCACGGAAGGGUUCUUGCUUUACGAAUAAUAUAUCGCUUUGUCAGGUGCGCGUGAGCCGAGAUAAGAAGCAAAACAUCACGUCUGUUUAUUUUCUGAUGAAACUUUUCUCUUGAGACAUCGGCGGGACGACGGUCUCCAGUUGGUUUGCUAGCAAAAGCGUCUGUUCAGACUCCCGCUAUAAAAACGAUACGAACCCACAAUCUUAUACUUAUAUCCGUGUGCUUUUCUUAACCAGUUAAAACGUGUCGUUAAGGUUUUAAACGCUUUAUGUAACGUUAUUGACUCUCGGUGCAGUAAUGUGGACUGUCUAUCUGCUAUAACUUUCCCACUGAUCUUUAGUUUUUUUAUUCCACUGGCUAAUCAACAUCAGUCGACAUUUUAUCUAACCGAUUAAUGUUACUAUGACAACGUGCGUGUUGUAGAAUACUUCGCAUCAAUAGUAAACUCACGUUUAACGCCUCAAGUGUGUAGCAUGUCUGCGCGAUGCUAAAGAUGAUGUCUGUACUGCACAACCUGCUUACCGAUAUUAGGUAGCUAACCGAUAUUAGGUAGCUAACAACUGGAUGGCAAGAUAUUUCCAUCGGGUUUCAUUAUGAAAUACGACGUAUCUGCGCUUUAUUGACUGUGAUUUGUAAACUAACUGUAGGCUGGGCGGCAGACUCUUAAACUAUGAUCAUCCGAUAGCUGUGUCAUCGUCUGUAGAUAGUCUGAGUAUCGUCACGUCUGUGAAAGCUGCUGACAUUUCUGUGGGUUCGAGUUUGGAUCCAGUAACUGCUGCGCUAUGGCGGCGGUUGGGGUCAGUGUGUUAUCCCGGGGUCAGUUGCCUCCGACCUCCAACUCCUCCCCCACUGAUGCUGAUAACCGGGGCUGCUCCAACGGGGAUUUCAUGGACACAUUUGGCAUAUUCUUGCAGGGCCUGCUGGGAGUAGUGGCCUUCAGUACCCUUAUGUUGAAACGCUUCAGGGAGCCCAAGCAUGAACGGAGACCCUGGAGAAUCUGGUUUUUGGACACCUCCAAACAGGCCAUAGGGAUGCUGUUCAUUCACUUUGCCAAUGUCUACCUGUCUGACCUCACAGAGGAGGACCCAUGUUCGCUAUACCUUAUCAACUUCCUGUUGGAUGCAACACUCGGCAUGUUGGUCAUCUAUGGUGGUGUGAAGGCUGUUAGUGCUGUGGUCGAGUGGAGGCAGUGGGACUCUCUGCGUUUUGGAGAAUAUGGUGAGCCAGUAAAGUGCAGUGCAUGGGCGGGUCAGUGUGCGCUCUAUAUCCUCAUCAUGAUGUUUGAGAAGGUCAUGAUCAUGCUUGUCCUCCUCAUCCCACAGUGGAAGAAGCUGGCUACGCUCAACCCUAUAACAAACCCUCAUCUGGAACUAGCUAUUGUCAUGCUAAUUGUCCCGUUUUUUGUGAACGCUCUGAUGUUCUGGGUAGUAGAUAAUUUCCUAAUGAAAAAGGGCAGAACAAAAGCCAAACUAGAGGAGAGGGAGGCAGAAGAUGAUCCUCGUGGCAACAGUAAAGUGCGCUACAGACGUGCUAUGUCACACGAUGAUUCUGAAUCAGAAAUCCUGUUCUCUGCAGAUGAUGAGAUGGAGGAUUCAGAUGGUGAUGACGAUGUACGAAGAAUCACAGGGCUCAAGUCUGUAAAGAAAAAGAAGCACCGUCUUGGUAUUCCGGUGUGAUUAAAAAUCAUUCUGGUUGCCGUUUGGAUUUGGAUUUUGCUCAUUUACCACAGCCCUGUACAUGGUUGGCAAUUGAUUGGCAUAAUGACUCAAUCUAAACCAGUAAGAAGGACAUUUUGAGCAAUUUUACUAUGAAUUGUGGGAAAAGGACAGGGCUAAAAUAGCAAUGCACAAUCUUUCUGCAAUUUUAUCCCCUGAAUAUACCCAAGAGGUGCCUGCAGCUAUUCAGAAACGUCUAUCUGUCACAGAAACAUUUUUGCUACCCUUGAUGCGUCACAAAUGAUGGGUGUUGAAGAACGAUUGAAACACAAAAUUUCAACCUGUCAGAGUUUUGCAAUGCACAAUUCUGUACUGUGCUGCUUCCACGUCAAGUGGUUCGCCAUUGGAUAUUAAACAGUGAUCCGCAUUAUGCCUCUGUCCAGCCUUUGAACUGAGAGAAAAAAAGUUGUAUUUCAUACGUUUAUCUACCUUUACAAAUAACACAUUGCCAUCCUUAUUCUUCCAAGAUAAGAACCUUUAACAAUAUGCAUGUGAUUGUGAUGACGCUGACUGGGCGAAACCGCUCAGGGUUGCUUGUAGUCAGUUCCAGACUACGUAUUUGAGAGUAUAUGCUGUGGGGUAGUUUUAAGGGAGUUAUGCUGAUAAAUAUUUAAUAGCAACAGAUUUAUCAGCAGUGUUAUAAGCCCCUUGAUGAUAUUAUACAGCUGGGUAUGGUCUGCUCGCUAUGCCUUUUUUAAGCAUUAGGCACUAGUGGACAGAGAUGAUUUAAUGAUGAGGUACAUAAAUACAGGGAUAGGCUUUUUUAGCUCCCUGUUCAGCACUGUGUCCUUAAUCUGUGAUAGUAUGCAUGUCUUAUUGUUCGGCAUUUGAAUGUGUAUCUGAGUGUCUGUGUAUUACUGCCACUUUUGUCUCCUUGUGUAUUUAUGUGUUGUGUCUGUGACCUCUAGGUUUUAUUGGUCUCCCCUUGCUCUUGUCAUUUCAGCGUAGAGGUUUUGGUGUAGGACACAUUUGUGGUCUUUCGCACAGUUUGAUGAUGCAUUGUGGCCGUUCUGUGCUUUAGUCAUUUGGUAUGCUGUUGUCUUUCUUUUCUUUUCCUUUUAAUGCCUCUAUAUAACAAUAUAUCACAUUAACACUAUCAAACACUAAACCGGAGGGCCUAUAUUCCAAUUUCAUGUUUUCCCUACACACACUUCUGCUGUUUUAAGCAUUUGGUUUAAUUCCUACUCUAAAGCACAGAUACUUACUUCUUUUAGAAAAUCAAGGAUGUCUCCGAUUAUUUUAGUUACUAUUUUAGAUAAUGAGAUAAGCAAAGGAAAAAUGCUUGUAGGUUGUUUUAGACAUUUGGGAUAAGUCUUACACUUAACUGUACAUGUUUGGCUUUCAGUUGCAAGGAAGGAAGUUGGGAAGUUGAUAGCUCCGGCAUUGAUUGAUUCUACAUACAAAUUCUGUACGAAUUAUCAUAUUGUUUGUGUACGGUAUGUGUUUAUGUGUUCGUUUUACAGGAAAUGUGAAUUUGAAAGCAGGCCUUCUUGUCAGCCCUGCUCAUGGUUACUGAUAAGGAUUUGAAAUGUAUGCCUUUCUCUCUCUGGGUUGACUCUUAUUACUGAGCAUUUUUUGUUAGUUUUGGUAGUAUGGACAAACCUAAUCAAAAAUGAAGAGGGGUUUUAAAAACUGUAUUAGACUAUUAUGAAUAACUGACUAAUCAUGAACUUACAUUAUGUAUGCUUUUUCAAUAAACUAUGUAAGAUA